UGGCGGCGGGGCGGUGAUGGAGCGGAGGGUUAACUCGCGCCGUGUAGGAGGAGACUCGUGCGGAGGCGUUUCUCCUCCCUGCACCCUGACACCAGACGGUCAAUGAGCGCCGCUUUUCCCACGUUGUUCCCCGCAGGAGCGAGCGGCUCGUUCGGACUCAGGGCGCCCCCUUCGUCCGGGCUCUCUUUGCAGAAACGGCUGUGGGACACUCGGUCUAAAGUCAUACCGGGGCUGGUGCGUCCGCUGCGGGAGCGCCUCUGCUCGCUGGCCCGACGGACAGCCGGGAAAAGCGGGAUUCAGGCGCUGUUUUCCAGCUCACGUCUACCAGCCAACCUUUGAUUUACGGAGUCCGACUGCUCGGAUACCACAGCGACCUGCGGACGGCCUGACGCCCGUUUGUUCCCACUUGGUGUAUUUGGACAAAAUGUCUUCCCGGCGCCGCUUCCAGCUGCUGCUCUCCUACAUCCUGCUGGUUCUGCUGGUCCAGUUUCCUCGGGCUCGGUCCAGGCCAGCCUCAGAGGACGUGGACGCAGGAGACACAGUUAAAUCCUCUGAAGACGAAGAAGACGACGAGUCGUCCUCAGAGGAAAGCAAACUGUCCAACGAGCUGUCAACAAGCAACGAAAAGCUCCACCCGUUGGCGCCACAGUGGGUGAUGCCAGAGAAGAUGGAGAAGCAGCUCCACGCCGUUCCUGCCAGCAGGACCGUCAAGUUUCGGUGCCAAGCGAUCGGAAACCCUGUUCCCUCCCUGCGCUGGUACAAGAACGGCAAAGAGUUCAGGAAGGACCAAAGGAUCGGAGGCUUCAAGAUCAGAGACCACAUGUGGACUCUGAUAAUGGAGUCAGUGGUUCCGUCUGAUAAGGGGAACUACACCUGCGUGGUGGAGAAUGAGUACGGGAGUCUGAAACACACCUACCUGCUGGACGUAGUCGAGCGCUCACCUCACAGGCCCAUCCUGCAGGCAGGUCUGCCGGCCAAUCAGACCGCAGCUGUUGGCAGCGACGUGGCGUUCGUGUGUCGAGUGUUCAGCGACCCGCAGCCUCACAUCCAGUGGCUCAAACAUAUCAGCGUCAACGGCAGCAGACAGGGACCAGACGGGGACCCGUAUGUCCUCGUCCUCAAGACUGCAGGGGUGAACACCACAGAUAAAGACAUGGAGGUUCUGACUCUGAGGAACGUGACUCUGAGUGAUGCUGGGCAGUACACGUGCUUGGCAGGAAACUCCAUCGGCGUCUCUCAUCACUCGGCGUGGCUCACCGUCAUCGAUGACCCGCCGCCGUCCCCGCUGCCCUCUCAGACGUACCUGGAGAUCUUCAUCUACUGCCUCGGCUUCUUCGUCAUCAUCGUCCUCACAGCCACAGCGGUCAUCUGCAGACUCUGCUGCGCGCCGAAGAAGAGCGACUUCAGCAGCCAGUUAGCCGUCCAAAAACUAGCCAAAAGCAUCCCUCUGAGGAGACAGGUGUCAGUCGAGUCCUCGUCCUCCCUUCAGUCUGGGAUGUGUUUGAUGCGUCAGUCUCGUCUGUCCAGCGCAGCCACCACCAUCCUGGCAGGGGUGUCGGAGUACGAGCUUCCCUACGACCCCGUGUGGGAGCUGCCUCGGGACAGGCUCACCCUGGGGAAGCCUCUGGGUGAAGGAUGUUUCGGUCAGGUGGUUCUGGCGGAGGCCGUUGGACUCGACAAAAACAAACCGACCCGUGUCUCAAAGGUGGCGGUGAAGAUGCUGAAAGCGGACGCCACAGAGAAGGACCUGUCUGACCUGAUCUCUGAGAUGGAGAUGAUGAAGAUGAUCGGCAAACACAAGAACAUCAUCAACCUGCUGGGAGCCUGCACUCAGGACGGCCCGCUGUACGUGGUGGUGGAGUACGCGGCGCAGGGUAACCUGAGGGAGUACCUGCGCGCCCGGCGGCCGGUCGGGGUGGAGUACUGGAGCGGCUCCAGGCAGGUGUCACUGGGCAGCCUGGAGCUCAUGGAGCUGGUGUCUGCGGCGUACCAGGUGGCCAGAGGAAUGGCGUAUCUCGCCUCGAAGAAGUGUAUUCACAGAGACCUGGCAGCCAGGAACGUGCUGGUCACAGAAGACAACGUGAUGAAGAUCGCCGACUUCGGUCUGGCCCGAGACGUCCACCACAUCGACUACUACAAGAAGACGACUAACGGUCGUCUGCCCGUCAAGUGGAUGGCACCGGAGGCUUUAUUCGACCGCGUCUACACGCACCAAAGUGAUGUGUGGUCGUUUGGAGUCUUGCUGUGGGAAAUCUUCACCCUCGGGGGGUCUCCUUACCCCGGAGUCCCCGUGGAGGAGCUCUUCAAGCUGCUGAAGGAGGGACACCGCAUGGAAAAACCCCAAGCCUGCACUCAGGAGCUGUACCUGAUGAUGAGGGACUGCUGGCACGCCGUCCCGUCCCACAGGCCGACCUUCCAGCAGCUGGUAGAAGACUUAGACCGCACGCUUUCUGUCAUGACUAACCAGGAGUACCUGGACCUCACCGCUCCCCUGGUCCAGUAUUCUCAGGUCAGCUCGUCUUCCUCGGCUCAUUCCUUUGGCUCCACAUAGGCGUCCAGGGACCCGUUCCCUUCCUGGAUCACCUUCAUCCCAUUUCCUGCGCUGGGCGGGGCGGCGGCAGUCCCAGUCGAGGCCGGGCGGAGGAGCUGAGACGGGCUGCUUCGCUGUCAGCAGCAGCAGCGGCGGCGGCCUGAUGUGAAGAACAGCUGGACUGAGCUGGAGGCAGCUCGCACACCAUCUCGUUCAUGAAGGGUGUGAAAGACUGAGUUCACCCACCGAUAGAAGACUGAGAGAGCUGGGUUUGUUCCUGUUCUGCCCAUUGCACUAGUGCUUUGGUAAUGUUAAUAAAAAGUGUGAAUAUUGUAAAUAAUAGUUUGUGUUAUUUGAAAGACCAAGCUGGACUUAAAAGAGAAAUAUUAUGGAAAAAGAUGGCGGGAGGAUUAGAUACUGAAUGAAUUUAAUACACAACAAAAUGUACAAAUAAAUCUAUAAAUGUGUGAAACAAAUCAUAUGUUGCUUUUUAUUUUUCCAUCUGCAGCCUUCCUGGUCCCUUUGGAAAAACAUGACUCAUUUAUAGAUUUGUUUCUCCAGUUUUCUUUGUGCAUUUUUAUUCAUUUAUUUAUUUUCCUCCAGUGUUUAUGUUUUUCAGUCAGGUUUGGUCCUCUGCAGUGACGUCAUGUUGCCAAAGAUGUCUGCCAGUGUCACACUUCAACAUUGCACUUACAGCCUGCCAUUUUCAGAAAAUGUGUAAAAUAACUGAUUAACAGUAUUAAAAUCCUUCAUAGUUUUUACUCUG